CCGCAACCAAACAACGCGUUUGCUCCCUCACUCUUACCCCGCGUCCGCGUCAAUCCCCCUGGCUCGUAUCGCAGCGUCCCGCGACAAUGCCUCCUAUGGUCAGCGACGACGAAGCCUCCACUUCCGACGCCGACAUCCCCUACAAGGAGGUCGAGAAGCCCACCGCCCGGGCUGAUGCCGAUCCUGAAGAGGAAGAGGACGACGAUGAGGAGGCAGACGAAUAUGUCGUGGAGAGAAUCGUCAGCCACAUUAUCGACACGGAUGGCUCUAUCAACUACGAAGUCAAGUGGUUGGGCUACGAAAAGGCGGCAGACAGGACCUGGGAGCCGGAGGAGAAUCUUGAAGGCGCCAAGGACGCCCUCCAGGAAUACUUUGACAAGAUCGGUGGCCGCCCGACUGCGCAGCCAAAGCAGAAGAAGCGCAAGUCUUCCCAAGCCGCCUCUAACACACCCGAGCCCAAGGGUUCCGGACAUCGCGGCAAGAAAGCAAAGAGUGAGGGGUCCGGAACUCCCGACACAAAAGCGGUGGUUCGCAAGGAGAAGGAAUGGACCCCUCCUGCCGGCUCUUGGGAGGAACACGUGCAGCACAUUGAUACUAUCGAAGAAGAGCCCAACCCCAAGACCGGCCACCCCGAGCGCUAUGCCUUCGUUGUCUGGAACAAUAAGCACAAGUCGCGCCACCAGCUGUCGGUGUUGAACCACAAGUGCCCGCAGAAAAUGCUCGCGUACUACGAACAACACUUGUAUUUCAAAAAGUGAACCCCGUUCGUAGCGGCAAACCUAACGACGGGUAUAGGCGAUUCUACCAUGUUGAAGAAGACGACGAAGGUGCGAGAAGCGACAGGGAUGCGGCAUAGCCACGUCGUCAUGUCGAGGGUGGAGGAUAAACGAUCUCGAACGUUCAGCCCCCCUCAGCAGUGCGGCUUUGGAUCCCGGGAAUGGGAAGGGCAGGAUGAUUUGAUGUUCAUAUGGUCGGCGUAGCUGGGGAAUUCAUUUUCAGGAACGGCGUCCUAACAGGGGUUUUCAAAAGAAGCGAGCAGCAUGAUUGGGGAGUACUGUAGCUAGACUCCACUUUUUUUUUAUAGUAUCCCACGGGAGAGCAUGGAGAAAUGCACAAAGCAAAGCGUGC